AUGCCAGAAUCAUAAUUGGGAUCGGUUAGAAUGAGGCCCUCAUAAAUUCAAAUAGAAGACGAUUAACAAGCGUCAACUAGAAGAAGAAAUUUUUUAUCUCCAACAUUUAGUCAAAAUCUACCCCUUUUUAGAGAAUUACAAUCGAGAUAAGCUUAAAAUAGGGAACAAGAUUACACAAACAGCAUCAUUACUCUUACAGAUGACAAGGUUAUCUCUUGUCAUGCUUAAAUGAUCAAGUCUCUUAUGUUCAAUCUAUUCCUACAAGCGUUUUUCGUAAAUUAUUUCACUUAUAUGCAUUGGAAAUACAGUCAUCGAUACGUGCUCUUAUAAUUGUGGAUUUAGGACUUAAUAACAAUUUUUAUUCUGAUAUACUAUAACUAUAGAAAAGGAGAUGAUUGUAUUUGGCAACUUAUAGAAACUAUGUUUCUAUUCUUCUUUAAAGUAUGCAUCAAUGUUUAUUAGAUCUUUAUUGUGUUUUAUUAUGAGGUGUAAGAAUUUAAAAUCUAUUUCAUCACUAUUAUGAUGUUAGCAGUUUCAUCUUUACUCCUGAUUAUGAAACUAGUCUAAAAAAUUAAAACUCCAACAAAGACUAGUACUGCUUUAAUUUUAUAAUUCCUAAAAACUAUGUGUUGUCUUUAACUAUUGUUAAUUACACUCAAAUGGGAAUCAAAAAUAUCUUGGUCAUGGAUCUAGAUCUUUCUCUUGCUAUGGGUGUUUCUUGUAGUUUGUGCAUUAUUGUUAUUUAUCUCAUUUGUCAGUUGCAUUGAAACAUUAGUCAAUAUCAUCAAAAAAAAAUAACAAUGUCAUUACUGUAUAUAUUUAAAGUAUUCUUUAGUGGCAGGCAACCUAUGGAUAUUUAUAAUGCUUAUAGGGUUUACAUUGUUUCCUUUUUUAUUCAUACUAAGAACAGCUGAAUUUUAUGAGGGAAAUCAAUUAAUUAGCCUUACUGAAACUGCUAAAUAUAUAGUUGUGAUCACUUUGUUUUCAUUAUUUCUUCUCAUCUUUACUCUAUGUUUCUACAGAUAAAUUAAAGCUUACUUAAAAGAUGUUUAAGGUAUCUAAGACUAAAAUGAUAUUGAUUAAUAACAAACUGUACAAUCUCCAAAUUCUAGAUAACUUAAUUCUCCCCAUUAAUCCAAAAAGCUGGAAUUUAUAAAGUUAGGAAUACCUUUAUAUCUGAUAAAAUUAUCUUGUACUUACUUUGCUGUUCUUGACAAACCUUCUUUUGAUUUCAAAAAACGACAAAAAUCUCAUUAAGAAUUAGAAUCAGGUAGAUCAAAUCUUUAGGGUUCAACUGUGAGAGAAACUUGGAAAAAAAUACUCUAAAAACCUGCAGCCAGUAAUUCCAUGAUUAUAAAUAAAAAAAAAGAUGAACUUGAUUUAGAUAUUUAGAAACCUGCUAUUACUGAUAAUGUAAAAAUAAAAAGAGAAGAAAUUACGGCCACCGUUUCAAAAUAAGAAUAAGAAGAGGAACCCGUUCGCUCUAUCAAAUCAAUUAAAUCAGAUGGUGAAUCAAGUGUAAAUCAAGACAAAUGUCUGGUUUGCUAUGAAAAUAUUCCAAAUAUAGUAUUUGUACCCUGUCGUCAUGGAGGCAUUUGUUAACAGUGUGCUGAAGAUGUUAUAUAAAAAUCAAAUGAAUGCUAUUUAUGCAGAAAAACUAUAAGCCAAAUUUUGAAAGUGUAAAAAAAUGGAAACAAAUAAUUGGAAGUCUAGGAAGCAUCAAUGUUGGGCUGA